CCUCUCAACCUAAUCAAUUUAAGAUGGAUGGUCCAACAGAAACUGGAAUAGAGAUCUCUGAUGAUUCCAACUCAUUCGAAGAAAUCUCAGCAGUUUCAGACCACAGUGACUCUUCUUCCCCUGUAACUCCAAAGACUGAUAGAAUACCUGUAGCUAUCACCUUUGGCAGUCCCUCUUCAGAUGUUUCUCCCAAUCACGACUCUGAUUCUUCCUUUUCCGAGUUAGACUCCGAAGCUGAGGCCUUUUACUCUUCUCUUAACUACCGCCUGGUCUCACCAGGGACUAUGGAUGGUCAUGAGUUUUCUGAUAAACAAAUAAGCUAUAGAGAAUUGAUGAAGAAAUUUGUUCAAUGCGAGGAAGAGUUAAGGACUACAACUCUAAAACUCCAAGAUUCUGAACAAGAGGUUGAGAGACUAAAGGGUGAGGCUGAGAAGAGAGAGUCUGCUGUUCUGCUUGGUGAGCUUGAAACUGCAAGGAGAGAGAUUGAGAUGAAGGAUGCAGUUACUCUUGAGAUGAAAAGGCAGGUGGUUGAUUUGGAAUCUCAGCUCUCUGACUCAACUCUCAAAUUUGGGAAUCUAGUGAUUGAGCUUGAGGUGAGUAAGGGAUGUUUAGCUGUAUCUGAUGCUGAGAUCUCAAAGCUAGGGGAAAUGUUGUGUGAUUGUCAGCAAAAUUUCUCUACUGAAAAGACAAAGCUGGAGACUGAUAUUGCUGGUUUGUUAGAGAAGCAGACUUUCUUGGAAGCUCAGGUCAGAGAUUUUGAUAACCUCAAGCUGAGAUAUGACAUGUUAAUGGCAGAGAAAGAUGGAGUUUGUGUUGAAGUAGAGAAUCUAAAAGCAGAGAUGGGAACAAGAGACAUCCAAAUCAAGCAAAUGGAGGAGCAACUUAACCAGAUUGUCUAUAGGGAGACUGAGCUUGUGUCUGAAUCAGAAAAUGCUAAGAACAUCAUGGAAGAGCUGAGGGAAAUGGUUAAAGAACUAGAGAAGCAAGCAGAGCUACAGAGAAAUGCAUUAUCAGAAGGAGAGGAAGAGAAACGAGAGGCGAUAAGACAGCUUUGUUUCUCUCUGGAUCAUUACAAAAGCGGAUACAGACAGCUUCUGCGGUUUCUUUCGAACAAAUAAAAGGCAAGUCAUGGUCGUGUGAGUUGGACUUGAAUGCUCUCUCAUUUGCUCAUUCGUUACACUUAUGUCAUUUGUGUUUCUCUUAUGUACAAGACAUUCAUCAGAUUCCUUGGCAAUAAUUGCAAUUUAUAAUAGAUUGAAGCUCGAAAAUGCAUUUGUAUAAUGUGUGUG